AUGGCACUACGACUAAAAAAGGACAUAAAGAAAGCCUCCUACUACGUGUGGUUCCUUGGUGCGCAGGAAUCACGGGGCUUGCGCGGCGAGGAAUUCGCGCUACCUGCCAUUCGGAUACUUGAAGAAAGAGCCAGGGAUUUGGAACCGUUUAAAGUCACGUUACAGGUGUCCCAUAAGGGUCUGAAAAUAAUCCAGAAUGUGACGAGUAAGGGAAAGCAGCAGACUAUUAAACACUUCAUCCCACACGGAAGCAUCACAAGCGGCGUGGUCCAAGGAGAUGUAGUGGCCUGUGUUCUGCUCCUGUACAAUCCUAUCACAGGCUGUCCAGUUCAUGUACAUGCUUACCGAUGUGACUCUGACCACACGGCUGGCAUGCUCUACACCCAUCUUUUGGCGUUAAUAGAACGACCGGAAAAUCAGAAAAAAUUCGCGGAUAUUGAGCGAAAAUUACAAAUGAGAGGUGCACUGCCGAACAGUAAGAAGCCUCCAGAUUCCUCUCUGGGGAGCGAAGUAUCAAGAGAAUCGGAUUCUGGCAGUAAUGAGGACAGGAAUGUUGCAAAUUUGUAUGACAGUUUGGCUGCUGAAUUGAAGCAGAAGUUGUCUACAGGUAAAAAGGGAUUAGGCAAAAGCCCAAUUCUGUUGCCACCCCGAGACUACGACACAGUACACAGACAGAAAGGCAACCUGAACAACAUUGACACCCGGCGUUGCUUAAACCAGAACAUAGUUGGAGUGAAUGCAAGACGCAAAUUGGAAUCGUCUGGCGGUAGUUCCGGGAUUGGGAGUGACCUGGCACCAUCCCCUGAAAGGAAUGACUAUCGACCCCAUGACAACCACAGUACUAGUGAAGAGGAUUGGGCUGAGAGCACAGCCUACUUGAUGCACGAGGCCUUUGACGCGUCUCCUCCGCGCCGAGCUCCCUCCCCCCGCCGCGCUUCCCCCCCGCGACGCUCAUCACCACCUCGCCGCGCUUUGUCACCUCGAAACUACGACAGAACCCCUUACAACGACGAUCUUUCGGACCAAUUCAGAGACGCCUUAGCCCCUUUCCGCGAGGCCACCUUCGAGAGGAGAUUUAGACCCGAAUCUCUCGAACGCAACAAAGAGAAAGUAGACAAAUAUCCAGAAGAGACAACGAAUUACAGACGAAGAUACGUAGCUGACACUAAACCCUCCAACCGGAGCAUGGACAGAGUGGACGGUCGCUUCGGCAAACUCCAGAGAGGCACGAGCGAAGGCAGCCUCAAAAUAGCCGACACGUCGCCAAAAGAACGCUUCAAUGUAGCUAAAGAAAAGUUCAAGAACUUAGAGAGGGAGAGAUUCAAUCGCGAGCUAGAGGCACACAUGGCGAUGCGAAGGAGCAUGUUAGAAGCCAGGAACAGUCGCUCGACUUCUUCUCCAGAAGAAGAAAGACGGGACGAGCGUCAGGAACGUCACAGAGAAACGACCUCUCGGCGAGAACAAGAGCGUUCUCAUCGUGAGGUUGAGCGUUCUCACAGAGAACCGGAGAGACGUAAAGAAGACAGAGUCCGCGAUCUAGCACCGCCCGACUUGCACAGGGAAGUAGAAAGGCUUCCGCGUGUCGGUAGAAAGCGCGAUGACUUGAAACGAUACGAGUACGGAACUGAAGAUUAUCUGAACAGGAUUGAGCCGAAGCCGCUUAGAGACGAUUAUGACAGGUACCGCGAUAGAAGGGAAUCUCAUCCUCCGGACGAAGACGAGAUAGAACCCGUAGAGGAGAGGAGACGAGAUUGGAACGAUCGUCAACGGGCGUUCAGUCGCACUCGCUUGUUGGAUGAUCAUAGACAGUCGUACGCGGAAGGCGAUAGGGAUAGAUUUUAUGAAAGGGACUAUAGGGAUUUUCGUGACUUAGCUGAUAGACCACAGACGAAGUUCCGCCAUAGUUAUGCGGAACCAAUCUCCAGAGGGCGCCUCGGAACUGUAAGACCAUAUUAA